ACAUGAACUGCUUUGUAAAUAGACGUCAGCCAUUCACUGUAGCCAUGCCUUCCUAGGCUCUUUAAAUCCUCCCCCCAACUGAGCUGAUCCUUUCGCCCGGACUCGAUAUUCUCUCACAGCUUUUCUUGGGCCGUUUUGUCAAAGUGUUGCUGAAGCAUGUACCGCUCUCUGUAUGCCUUCCGAUCUUCUGAGCCCAACUCGUUGCACUUCGCGGCCGGGGAGAGCUUUCUAAUCCUGGAGAGGAGCAACAAACAUUGGUGGUUGGGGUCCCGCUGCAGCUCGGGGGAAACCGGCUACAUCCCGGCCUCUUACAUCGAGAAGAUUCAGGCUCCGGAACAAGAUGAAGUGCUUCAGUCCAUCGACCGAGCAAUUGAAGGCAUCCACAAUGUGGCCUUGAAGAAUGGAGGCAAAUAUAAUCUGGAGCAGCGAGAUGUUCUACAAAAGCUGAUCCACCACAGAAAGGAGACUCUUGCUCGGAGAAGUUCCUCCUCUACAGGACACAGACUUCCAUCUUCCAACAGUGAAAUAUCCCUGAGUCAGACUCCUCCUCCAGCCAACGGCCUUAACCAGAACUAUGGGAGACAGGGGAGCGUGCCGUUAUCAGGGAGCAUGGACAGCAUGCAGGGAGAGCCAGGCUUCUACCAGGUGCCACCUCAGCCUCGCCGUGCCGCUCCGAUUACUCCUCCUCCCCCUGAGAAGCAGAGAAACACGCGUCGUCCAGAGCCGGAAGUCCCCUCCAGAGUUUCCUCUCUUCCCUCGUCCCCGGCUCCCUCCCUCACCAUCAGCACCACCUCCACUGAGUCCACCUCCUCCUCCCGUUUCUCUUUGGCCACCUCAGAUGUCAGCCUGCCAAGCGUCUCCAGCACCCCCCCUCCUCCUGUGCCGUCUCGUGUAAAGCCCCCCGUUGCACCCGCAGAUGUGCAGCCAUCGGACUCUCCUCCCAUGCAACCUCCUGUGAAAAAAAGCCCAGCACCACAGCCCCCUGAACCCACCCCUACCGACACCACUCCAGUACAUCUUUCUGUGGAGGACCCACCAGGGCCGGAAUGGCCCGCGGCCCCCCUAUCCGUGGCAGAGACCCCUCCUGGCAGCCCCUCUGCUUCUGAUCCACUUCCUACGACUGUGGGAGCUGAGCUGAUCGAGCUGGUGCGGAAGAACACGGGCCUGAGCUUUGAGCUGUCCCGGGUGGCGGUGGGAGUGGUGGUGGGCCACCUGCAGACCGCUCUGCCUCAGGCCUCCUCUGCUCUGGAGCAGGUUCUUCUAUCACUGGUGGGGAGCAAGGACCUGAGUGCAGCGCUCCCACAGGGUCAGGUGUGUCAUGACGAACAGCGUCUGGAGGUGAUCUUUAGUGAUCUCACUCGUCACCGUGAUGACUCCCAGCAGCGCAGCUGGGCACUGCACGAGGACCACGCCCUCAUCGCCUGCUACCUGGAGGAGCUGCUGAAGAUAUUGACUGAUGCAGAUCCAGAGGUGUGCAGGAGAAUGUGCAAGUCUAAUGACUUUGAAAACGUGAUGUCUCUGGUCACAUAUUAUCAGAUGGAGCAUCGCGUGUCUCUGCGGCUGCUUCUGCUUAAAGUGUUUGGAGCGAUGUGCAGCCUGGAUGCAGCUCUCAUCUCAGCGCUCCUAAACUCCAUCCUACCCAUGGAGCUGGCCAGGGACCUUCAGACGGACACACAGGAACACCAGAAGAUGUGCUACACAGCUUUGGUACUAACUAUGAUUUUCUCAAUGGGAGAGCAGCUGCCGUAUCACCACUAUGAGCAUCUUAGUGCUGAGUUUGUUCGGUUUCUUUUGGGUGUGGUGGAGGACGGGCUUCCCUCUGAUCCCACUGAGCAGCUGCCGGACAUCUUCCUGAACCUCCUGCUGGCCUUCAACCUGCACCACACAGUACCAAGCAACAAUGCAAUAAUGCAGGAGCUGAAGCAAAAAAAUGUUAAGAUCCUCACAGAGAAAGUGCUGCUUCUGCUGAACAGAGGAGAGGAUCCAGUGUGCAUGUUCAAACACACGCCGCCUGCACCUCACUCUGUUCUAAAGUUUCUGCAGGACGUAUUUUCCAACCGAGAGACUGCCGACAUCUUCUAUCGCACCGACAUGAUGGUGAUGAUUGACAUCGCCGUCCGACAGAUUUCUGACCUGUCACCUGGAGACAAGCUGAGGAUGGAGUACCUCUCCCUCAUGCACUCCAUAAUACGCUCUACGGACUACCUGGAACACCAGCACCGGCUGUCUGACCUGCAGGGGUCACUGAAGCGGAUUCUCAGGGAGGAGGAAGAUCCAGGAGAGGACGAAGGAAGCGCCACAGCAAAACAGAUGGAUAAGCUAAUUGUGCAGCAGAUCUUCAAGGAGUUUCCACAGAUCUGUGACAACCAGAACUGACCAUAUCCGUGUUAUGCACAUUCACACGCUGUAGUUUAGUUCCUGUCUGCUGUGGGGGGGGGCUUCCAAAAAAGAUGGUUCUGCACCAGCCGAGGACAACAAAAGCAGACUCUCCAGGGCUUCACAGUUCAAGUUGCCACACUUCUUAAGCAGUUAGCUCAAAUAAUAAAGACAGUUCUUUUAUCUUUUAAAAAACUUUAAAGUACAGAAGAGUUCUCUUUUAUUUCUUUAAUAUAGUUAGCCUAAAUUAAUAGCAAGCAGCUCCUAAAGAUAAUUUUAAGCAAUAAAAACUAAGUUUCGCAUGAACUACCUACAUUUGCUAUGUCAGAUUAACUGCAUCUUAAAGCGGAAUUUUAUUCUAACCAAACUAACUUAAACCAAAUAGAUUUCAGAGAAAAUAUAAAGAGCCAAAUCUGUAGUUUGUAUCAGUGCCAUUAUUUCAACUUGGAGACAAAUGUUUUGCAAGCUUCCCUUUGUAGAGGACCCAAACUACUGAGUGUAACGGAGAGUAUUAUUUUCUUAAAUGGUAACUGCACUCUUACCCCUAACUUCCUGUGCCAUGAAACAUCUCAUUAAAUAAUACUUAAAGCAAGCUGAGCAAGUUUACUUCCUUAAAAAGCACCUCUACAGAACUGUAGUUGGGUUUGCUGCUUCUGCUGCUUUGAAUUCUCUGCUGUAUCCGUUUCCUUCUUCUACAGUUGUUUUUUUAAAUCCCAUCUACUAAUAAUAAUUUCUGUUUUCCCUAAAUGCAAUGCUUUGUAUGACAUUUAGAACUCGCAAACAGCUGAAUUGCAGCUGUAUUGUUGUACUGUACUUGUUUGAAUUAUAAUCUUUUGUUCCUGCUGAAAAAAAGAUGCAUAUAGAGGGAAGGCAUUUUUAUGUUUUUUUCAUUUUCUCACUUUAGUGUUGUGACUGAUUAUCCCGCUCUUAACAUAUAACUGUUGACGGUUCUGUUCCAAUAGAAACUCCUCUCCUCUUACCUGAAGAUCCAUGUCUGUUUUUCUUUGACUAAUUGUGUAUUUGUUUACAGUAUGUGUAAAGUGUAUGUUUGAGUGAAACAUAUUCAUGAUUGGCAUUGUCUGCUAAUAUGCUGCACCUGUGUAAUAAAACUAAUAAAGUAUAUUUUA